AUUCUCUUCUCAGUUCAGGCCUAGGCCUGGGGACUUUCUCUGUUGGCUUUCAGUUUCAUUUUCAUCUCAGUUUAGGCCUGUGGACUUUGAAUUUUUGCUCAGUUCCAACAUGGCGUCAAGUACAACUGUUGCAAGGAAAUCCAGUCACAAGAAACAUGGUCUGUCGAAAAAGAAAUCUGGAAAGACGAUGAAAAGUGGAAAGCUUAAUUAUAACUUUUCUGAUGAAUCGGAUGAAGAGAUAAAAGCUUUUCCAAAAGAGCAGGUAAAAGUGUUUAAAAAAAGUAAAACUCCUGAGGAUAAAACUCCAGUUUUCAAAAAAGCACUGUUGAACUCAGAAGAAUCUGUUUUGGCAAGUGAUAGUCUCCGCAGAAAAUCUGAACUCCCAACAGUGUGUGAAGACUUUGGAUUGCCUGUUACAGAGUCUACUCGUAUUAGUACUUCACCUACUAAUUCCAGAAGAUCUGAUUGUAUUCCUGUGCUUGAAGAACAAGAGAAUGAAGUACCCAAUGACUGUCGACAAAGUAAGAAUCAGAAGUUUAUAAAGAGUCCUGGAAAUAAUUGUCAAAAGAAACCAUUUCAGAAUGGUGUGCUGCAAGAUUUAGCGAGUGACAAUCUGCGUAGGACAUCUGAACUCCCAUCAGUGUGUGAGGACUUUGGCCUGCCAAUCACAGAAUCGACACGUAUUAGUAUUUCGCCUACCUACUCAAGGGUAGCUGGCCGUGUAGAUCAGAAUAAGGAACAACAGAACAAAGUAUCCACCAAUAAAUGUCAAAAUAGUAGGAAACAGAAUGUUGAAAAGAGUCGUGUAAGUAAUGGUCCAGAAAAGCUAUUUCAGGAUGAAAUUUUGCAAGCAGUGAAGCAAGAAUAUUUUGAACUGGUUCAUUCUCUACCCGGAACUAAUGUUUAUAAUUCAUUUGUUGAACCUGAUGAUACCAACAGCUCAAGUUUACCAAUAUCAGCUUGCCAUGGUCAACAAAGUCUAGAGUGGGACCAUCUUCCAGAUACAACGAUGAAUCAGAGCAAAUUUGGUAGUAAAAAGUGUCUGUUGGGAGGUAUUCGUGAAAGAACAGUUCCGAAGAAUGAUGACUCAAAAUUAAGAAAGAAGCACCGUGUAAGCAGCAUAAAUCCAUUGAUGCAUGGUGGUUCCACCCUGAUGAACAUAAAGUUGGAAGAUGUGAAGGAUGAGAGUGUGCAUAGUUUUCUGGGAAAAGAAACUCAAGGUUUGUCAAGGGACAGUUAUGUUGAAGUUCAGGAUGUGUCUGCUCAGGUGAAUCUUAGUAGUGUACUUGAAAACACUAGUAGUGAAGCCGAGGUUGAAUCUUGUGGUAAUGAGAUAAGCUGUUCAGAUGGAAGAUUGUCUCAACCUGCAGACUCUUUUGUAGAAGUACAAGAUGUUUCAGUUGAAGCAAAUUUUACGUUUGGUGGUAGUAAUGAAGUUGGCCGAGAGGGGUUGGAAAGACCAGCAGAGGAGAAUGAGUCUACAGAUAUUACGGGCAGUGUCUCAACAGAAUUGUCCAAGUCUUUAGUUUCUGAUAUUCAAAGCUGUGAAUUAUCAGUGGAGCAUGGGCCUCUAUCUCCAAACAAUAAACAUCACAAGUCUCACCCUAUCAAUGAAAACUCAGGAUCCAUGAAACAGUUUCAUGAACAGUUUCAUGAACAUCAUUCUUUGCCUGAUAGUGUUGAUGGUAGGAUAGAUUCACCUAGCGUGGAAGUUCCAAGCUCAAGUUGUCACAAUGGUGAUAAUAAAUCUUCCCAAAAAUUGAACAACAACAAGGAAGAAAAUGGUAAUGUUGAUCUCCAAGUUAGAGAGCGAGAUACUGUGUACACUUUAGAAUCUGGGCUGCCUGGGUCGGCUGGGAAAGCGAAGGAACACACUGGAGCAGAUGUUCCCUCUGACACCUCUGAUUACUAUUCCUGUCAUACGACCAACUCCAAUCAAAGUGAUUUUGACACUAAGAGUUCUCUCAACUCUGACAAAACCUCUCUGCGUGAAGCUAGUAGCUGCAGGACUACAUACUCUGGAGUACAAGACGUCUUUUCUCCAUCUUCCACACAUGUGAAGAAUCAGGAAUGGUCAAGACAGGAUGACCAAGCAUCUCCUGUAAAAGAGUCUGAUAAUAUGAGCGAAAAGAGUGUUACUUUGAGCCCUUGUUCAGAUGACGGUAGGAGUGAGCAAGGCAACACCCUGUAUACAACAGCCAGAGAUAAUAUUUUUGUCUCUUCUGAAACAUUUCAACCAAAGGGUGACAGUAGCAGAUGGAGAAUUUGUGAAAGUCUUAAUAGUGAUGCUAGUGGAGAUGAAUCUUCAAUGAAGGAAAACGGCUCAGAAAUAAUCGUUCCUGCCACUGACAGUGAAGAUGAUGAUUAUUAUAGUGAUGAGCAAAGUAUAAAAGUUAUAGCGUCAAGCUUUGUGGAGGACAACGAUGGGGAUCUUGCUCUUGGUGAAAUAGAGUCUGAAGGUGAACUUAGAAAAGAAAACAGCCUGUGUGGUCUUGUCACAUAUAAUGACAGCAGCCCACAAGAGAGGAAAACAUCUGUUUUAACUAAUAAAGGGGAUGGAGGAGAAAUGGACCUUGGAGAUGGUGACAGUUUGAAGGAGUCCACCUCGAACCUGAAAGAAAGGCUUGACUCGACAUCAGUGAGUGAGGAAGUUGAUGGUUCUGAGCAUGAUGAUGAAGACAGUAGAGUUGGUGAUAUUUCAGGUAGAGGGGUGGUUGUGCAGCCGGAAGUCAAGGACCUUGCAGAGAGACAAAGGAUGGACUCCAGUGACGAUGACAGUGACUUUGAGAACUUCCUUGAGAAGAUGAAAACUCAGUGCGACAUAAAGAAACAGAAGCAGGAGGAUUUACGAUCCUUGGAUGAUUUUGUUGUGAGUGAUGCUGAGACAGAAGGCAGUGAUGAUGUGGACUCUGGAACAGAUGGUGAUGAUGAGGAAGAUGAAAUGUUACUUGCAAAGGCUGAUAGAAAAACAGUAGGAAGACAUCUGAGAGGUGGAAAGUCCCUUGUGUUGAAGUCUGUGGACUUGGAUGAGGAAAGCAAUGAAGCAAGCGCCCGGCAGGACGGAAAGCAGAAGAUCUCUACAGAAUACAAGAUAAAAUCACAGAGAGACAAAGGAUUAAAUGGUGUAGAGAGGAGUGAUGCAAGCUACGACUCUGUUGCAAAAACACCAAGGAGACUUCUGUCUUCCACCUCAAGCAUGGGAAGUGUGGUUGAUGACAGGUUGUUGUCUGAUGACGACGAUGACUUCAAGCCACAGAAAACAAAUUUCAGAACUCCGGUUCAUGCACCACCGCAAGCAACUAAACCGUUUCAUGGACAUUUCAAGACUCCUGCCAAGCCUCGCCUUAAGACAGCUCUCCCUGAGCAUCCUAUGACGGCCCCACGACUGUCAGUGAAGUCAGCUCUUGGUGUGAGUGACGACUCUUCCUUUCUGGAAUCUCUGUCUUCUGAUUUACCUGACUACAAGAGACACCCAGAAGCUUUGAGGUUUUUGAGGCACUUCAAAAGCAUGACAGUGAAGGCUGAACUGACGACCAAACUCUUUACUAUUUUCAACAGUAAAGUUUUUGAGAAAAAGCUCCCAGCUGACUUGCCCAUUGAGUGGAACAGUCGGUACCUGAAGACGGCCGGUACCUUCUCUGUGAGAGGGACAAAAGACAACUUGGUUGGAAAAAUUUCCCUGUCUGCCAAAGUCUGUGAUACCCCAGAGCGAGUACGAGACACUUUGGCACAUGAACUUUGUCAUGCGGCUGUGAGACUGAUCAACGGUGUUAGAGAAAGUCACGGACCGUUCUGGAAAUCUUGGGCGCGGAAAAUCAAUAAGAUGUUUCCUUUCAUGCCAGUGAUAAGUCGUUGCCAUGACUACACGAUCAAAACAAAAUACACAUACCAGUGUGUGAAUUGUAGAUAUCGAAUUGGUCGUCAUUCCAAAUCUCUGGACACAGACAACAAGGUGUGUGGUCACUGCCAGGGGAACUUUGAGGUGUAUCUGACGAAAGACCUUGAGUCUAGCAUUGAAAGAAGUGGCAACUCAACUCCCGUGACACCAAGGACUCCCAACAAGUUUGCCCUGUUUGUGAAGGAGUGUUACUCUGAGGUGAAGCACAGACAGUCUGGCAUUAGCCACGGGGAUGUCAUGAAGAUUUUGAGCAAGGAGUUUGCUGAGAAGAACAAAAUUUCAGACUGAUAAACUGGCCUGCCGGUCAUAAAUCCUGAGCUUCCUAAAAAGAGAGUCAGAAAAAAAUCAGUAAUGAUUAUACAACGGACCCCGGCCGUAACAGAACCUCUGGGACCUACAUGAUUUCCCUGUUACAGCCAAAUCCUGUUGUAGACGGGGAUCAAAAUCAAGUUUACAGACAUUAGGCUGAAUGCCUUUUGAUUGGGUACUGGAAUGAUAAAUGAAUGGGAUCAUUUUCAUUACAUAGAUUACCCACUGCUAA